CAUAUAAAACCACCAACUUCACGAUGCAAACCAACCAGUCGGGCCGGUGUUAAUCAAGAGUGAAUUAUACAGUAGGCGAGAUUAAAAUAAUUCGAGAUGAUACGGUGUCGGUUGAGUUUGUUAUUAAUUUUUGCGGUUUCGGGGGUGUUGACCGAAUACUCCCCUUUCGAUAUGGUGGACGAAUACGUUCGGCAAUUCAAAUUGGGGAUGAAUUCCAUGUACAAGUGGUCAGAUAAUUAUAAGUAUCAGCAGAAUAAUUUUGAAAAGGAAAAGUUUAAUACUACUUUAGCUAUGGGAGGUGCAGAAGAAUAUGAUUUUAUCAUAGUAGGCGGAGGCACAGCAGGUUUAACCCUGGCUCACAGACUAUCAGAAGAACCCAGAUGGAAAAUUCUAGUAUUAGAAGCUGGAGGAAUGGAAACUUUGAUUACUCAAGUACCAGCGUUGCAACCACAAUUACUGACCACCGGGUACACGUGGGGCUACAAAACUUGUCCACAAAAGCACGCUUGUCUAGGCAUGGAGGACAACAAAUGUUGUAUAAUAAAGGCAAAGUCAGUAGGAGGUGACUCUUCAAUAAACGAUAUGCUUUACACCAGAGGCCAUCAAAGAGAUUACGAUAUUUGGGCUGAUACGGGAAUGAAAGGUUGGUGCUGGGACAACGUCUUGCCAUAUUUCAAACAAAUGGAAAACGCCUGUGUCAAGGACAUGGAUAGAAAAUUCCGUCAUUAUGGUGGACCAAUUCAUUUGGAAAAUUUCCAACCAACUGACCCAAUUCUUACUGAGCACUUCCUUGAAGGUGGUAAACAUUGCGGGUUAGAAAAAAUCGACUACAACGGCAGAGAUCACAUUGGUCUUGCAAUUCCACAGGUUAUCACCAAACACGGCAAAAGGUACAGCGUGGCCAAAGCAUACUUGAACCCCAUCAGCCAAAGGAACAACCUGAUCAUCAUUCCACAGAGUCACGUGACCGAAGUCCUCAUAAGUCAUAUUACAAAAGAAGCCAACGGAGUUAUAUACCUCAAAGACGGAGAGAUGCACAUCGCAAAAGCCAAAAAGGAGAUAAUAUUGACUGCUGGAGCUGUCAAUACUCCUCAACUUUUGUUGUUAUCAGGUGUUGGACCUCGUGCAGACCUAUCAAAAAUGGGAAUAGAUACGAUCUCAGACCUGGCAGUAGGCUGCAAUCUCAAAGACCAAGUAUCAUUCAUGGGGCUUAACUUCGUCUACGACACUCAUGACUCAGAACACUCGCACCGUCCAGGCCACUCACCUCUCUCAGAAUUAGACGCCCAUCCCAUAUCCCAAGACUCCCACCAGCACCCUCACAGGACUUCUUUCGAUGUUAGGUUUGAUGGCCCGAGUUUUGUACCAAAACUGGGACUUGAAGAUGAUGAUGCGAUAGCUCAUAAUUAUUAUGAACAUGAAAAGGACGAGCCUCGUCAAGAAGAAAGGAAGUAUGCUGAAAAGAAAUACAAGUAUAUCGAGGCUAACAAAGGCGACAAGGUGAAAUGGCUACACAGUCAUACAGACGAGGACAUCACAAGCUACUUGAGAUACGGUACAGGCCCUCUAAGUUCAACAGGACUACAGCUGGUCGGUUUUAUCAAAACAGACUUCUCCAGAGAUAGUACAGAAUAUCCUGAUAUUCAACUGCUGAUUAAGAAGACCCAUCCCAAGGGAGGUUGCUACCACUUCAAAGGCUACAGCCUAAAACAAGAACUACAAGACAUCUUCUGUAAACCGUACGAAGGCUUCCAAGUAGAAGUCGUUUUGCUACAUCCCAAAUCAAAAGGUAUCUUGAAAUUAAACGAUCAGGAUCCUUACCACCAUCCCUUCAUCAAUCCCGAUCUUCUAUCAGACGAAGACGAAUAUGACGUUGGUACGUUGAUGGCGGGUAUCAAAAAAGUGCUGAAGAUUGUCGAUAGUCCGGCUAUGAGUAAAUUGAAUGUGAAGCUGGUCCACGAGAAGAUUCCAGAGUGCGAUCAAGCCAUAUUCAACGAUGAGUAUUGGAAGUGUGCAAUCAAAUACCUGUCAGUGGCUAGAGGACAAAUUACCGGAACAACCAGGAUGGGUUUACCGACAGAAAAGGAAGCUGUUGUCGAUCAGGAUCUCAAAGUUUACGGAGUCCACAAAUUGAGAGUAGCUGACGCUAGCGUUAUUCCUGUCAGUAUAACAGGAAAUCUAAUGGCUCCCGAAAUUAUGAUUGCAGAACGAGCAGCUGAUAUUUUGAAAGAAAAUUGGUUGAUAAAAGUCUAAUGCGAGUAUUUGAGAAAAUUCGGUGAAAUAUGUCAUGAAAAUAAGACUGUCAUCUAUUUAUAUUUACUAAUAGAGAUAUAAUAAAUAUUGACGAUGUUCUUUUUUCUAAAGAAAUUGAUUUAAAA